GACAGCAGAGCGAACACGCCACACUCACCAGGACAGGGAAGGAGGAUCCCGUGCGCGUUUUUCGUUGCUAAAUCGAAAGGAGGAUCUUUUGUUGUUCUCUGUGCACGUACGUCCUGGUUGAGCGGAGAGAGAGGGAGAGCAAAAGAAAAUCAACUUAGUCUUUUGGCCCCGGUGGGGAGCAAGACACCAAGGCAGGCACGAUGAACAGGCGUAACACUCCUCGCGGGCAGAUGUCCAUGGGGAAGGGAGGACCGGCCAUCCAGAUGAUGGAGGGAGCCAUGCGAGCCAUGUUCGAACCUCCUCCGCCGCUGGAGUUCAAGAAGAGCGUCUGCAAGCGAAAGCCUCCCACGGUGGAGGGGGUGGCGGCGAUGCUCAAGGGCAAGGGCGCGGCCAAUCUCUUCGAGAAGGGGGCGCCCCCGCCGCCCGAGAAGUUUGAAACCCCCAGGCAGAGGCACGCCCGGAUCGCGGCAGCGAAGAAGAAGGCCGAUGAGGAGGGUCUCAAGGACAAAAUUUCAAAGUGGAACCCGAAGGACGACCCUAAGGCCAAGGGGGACGCGUACAAGACCCUUUUUAUCGCCAAGAUCAGCUACGACACCACCGAGAAAAAGCUGCGCAGGGAGUUCGAGCAGUUCGGCCGCAUCCAGUCGAUCCGCAUGGUGCAGGACCAGGAUGGCAAGCCUAGGGGCUACGCCUUCGUGGAGUACGAGAACGAGGACGACAUGCGCGUGGCCUACAAGAGAGGAGACGGCCGCAAGAUCGACGGCCGCCGCGUCCUCGUAGACGUGGAGCGCGGCCGCACCGUGCGCAACUGGCUACCCCGUCGGUUCGGCGGCGGACUCGGAGACUCUCGCAAGGAGCGCCCGAAGAAGGGCCAUGAGGCCGAGUGGCGCGAGCGCGAGCGUCUGGCGGCGGAGGCCAAGGAGGCCGAGAGGGAGGCGAGGCGCGAGAAGGAGCGGCAGGAGGAGAGGGCCCGCCGGGACCGGGAGAGGGAGGAGCGGGAAAAGAGCCGGCCCGCGGGCAAGGACGGGGACGGGGGGGACAGCAAGAGGUCCGACAGCCGGGAGCGUGGCAGACGGGGGGACAGCAGGGACCGGAGCCGGAGCCGGGAUGGAAGCAGGGACAGGCGCAGGCGCAGUAGGAGCCGCGACCGCCGCCGCUGAACGCACCGGAGAGAUGGCGUUCCGGUCCAAGAAAAUCCGGGGUUUUAGAAUUAAGCAGGCGGUUUAGCGGUGGGAUUUCCAUGCGCGCGAAAAGCGUGGUAUUUCGGCAAGGGAGAGUUGUGACAAGCAUUACCCUCCGCGUGGUUUCGACGCGGUGUUUGGUGGGGCUCGCUCUCUGCCAGUUCGCCAGGGUUGGCGCGUAUCGCUGUAGCGAGCGAGGAAAUGGUGGGCACGAGCACGCCGUUGCUGUUGUUGCCGUCGUAGUCUUUCCGUUGCCUCUCGUAACGGGUGGGUAUGUGCACGGCGGUGGCGUGGCCCAAGUAAUCGGCAGGGAUUUUUUUGUCUCUUUCCUUAUUUCGGCGGAUCUGCACGUACCGUGUCAGAGCUGGCAGUGGUUCGGACGGACGCAGACGUGACCGCGUGUGUGGAUGGUGUUCCUGCUUCGACGCCGGCGGGUAACAGCUGUCUCUGCUGUUGCUGUAGCAUGCGAGGACACACGCAUUCGGGCGAAAACAUUACGAUUUCUUUCUCACAAAAGCUUGCUUAGGAAGCUCCGGGGCGGUAUGUAGCGCAUGUUGGCCUUCUUGCGCACGUGGGUGUGACGCCAGGACUAUUGCUUCUCAGAAAACAAACUAAGGCGCUCAGAAAACAACCUGGAAUGGUGGAUGCAGCGACAGGUCGUGGAGGACAGACGCGCGAAGGCGCGAAGGCCGGGUGGAAGAAACGCAGGAUUUGGCUGCGCUCUGUGCUCUCGCUCUCAAGUCUGCUUGCUCACUUUGCACGCAUGCAACCAUCGUGGGAGAUACCACGGAUCUUCACACCCCUUUAAACAGGCGUGCCUGUCGACUGGAGACGCCUGCUUCUACUAAGUGAAAGACGCCAGGACGAAGCUCGGCAGAACGUUGUGGCCGGGAAGGUGCAUGGAGGAGGUGGGGGCGAGGGAGCAAAGAGAGAAGAGAUACGACCAAACAUGGAUACCCUCUUUGGAACGCCAGCGCAAA